GUUGGCUUUACCACUGGGUAGCGAUGUACUAAAGUUCAGAUUAACAUGAGAGGGAAAUCCGGAAGUGACAAGGCGUAUGAGCAGGCUAGGCGAGAAGCUGCCACGAUCAAUCGCCAUGUCAGCCGUGGGUAAAACACACAGGGUAGUCGAGCAAUCAAAGGCAUCAGUCUCAAGAGCAACUCAUGGACUGGCCUAACGUGUUCUACGGGUGCGCCCAGCCAUCACUAAUUACACCAAUACAACCAGGAAACUUCAAGACGUGAACCACAGUAAAAGACUCACUGAGACUUAAUUUGAUAUUUGACAAACUCGGCCUUGCUGGUCUAUAACCGACUUCUCUGUGUCUGGUGCUAAUUGGAACAUCUGAUAGUUGGCAGCAGUUAAAGGGACAACAUGGACAAGAAGAAUGGUAUAAUAAAAACAGAGAAAAAUGACUCUUCCCCUUCGAAAGGAAAAGUUAAACUGAACGUUGGAGGUACUUUGUUCUUCACCACAAGGGAGACAAUAAACCAACACCCAGGAACACUUCUUUCCCAGUUGAGCUCCUCGUCCUCCUUUUAUGACAAAGUGAACGGGGAAUACUACUUUGAUAGAGACCCUAUUGCCUUUGCCUGCAUCCUGAACUUCUAUCGCACCUCGGAGCUGCACCUCCCCACCAACCUGUGUGGCAAUUCCUUGCGAAGAGAGCUGAAAUUUUGGCAAGUGGAAGAGAAUAAUGUUUCCGAAUGCUGCUGGAAACUUCUUCAUGAGACUGACCAGGGGAAGGCGGUCAUCGACACCCUCAACACCAAGCUGAAAGAUGAUGACAUGACCACUGGAAUCGACGCCUCCUCUUGGAAGAUAUGGCAGAGACGGAUCUAUCUCUUAUUGGACAAACCAAAUUCCUCCAAAGCAGCAAAGAUUUGGAAUUACUUCUUCUUGAUGUUUAUAAUCGCCUCGGCAGUCAUCUACUGCGUUGAGACUGUUCCAGAAGCAAGGGUGCCUCGGGAACAGAAUGGCAAGCAGAGGAUAGGGCAGACAAUGCUGGAGAGGCUGGUCAGAGACAAGGACAACAUCAAACUUAAGAUGGUCAUCGAUUCGGAAGCCCAUCCCAUCUUGUACUACAUAGACAUCGUGUGUCUCUCUGUCUUCACCUUAGAGCUCAUUAUCCACUUCAUCACUUACCCCAAGAAGGCCAGGUUCUUCAGAAAAUUUCUGAACUGGAUUGACAUCAUCACUGUGUCCAUGGGAUGGGUGGUGUUCUUCAUGGAAAGAGGUUUUCAAGAGGGAAUAUUAGUUCUCUCACUGGAGCUUUACAUCGCCUAUCUAACGCUGAAGAGUCUGUACAUCCUGAGACUGUUCCGAUUUUUCCGCUUGGCAGAUCGUUUCACCGGUCUUAAGGUCAUGAUGCUGGCCGUCAAAUCCAGUCUGACUGAACUCUCGCUGCUGCUCUUCUCCAUCAUGAUUCUCGCCACCAUGUUUGGGUCGUUCGAGUUCUACUGUGAGUUUGACAACAACCAUUUCGACACAAUCCCAAUCUCCAUCUGGUGGGCUCUGGUUACCAUGACAACCGUGGGCUGGGACUACUACCCAGCCUCCUACUGUGGGCGUGGCAUGGGGACGAUGUGUGCCUUGAGUGGUCUCCUCAUCCUUGCCAUGCCUAUUGCUGUCAUAGCAACCAACUUCAAUGAGUACUAUUCCAGAAACCAGUGUCGGGAGAAGAAGAGGAAGAAACAUGGAUGGGCUGAGGGAACGGAGCAGGUUGGAAUAACAUUCGUGAAGAAGAUUUGAUC